AUGAGGAUGAAAUUAGAGUCUGCUAAAACAAAUGAAAGUGAUUUGAUGCUUGCUAUUAAAAUAACAUCAAGUGGAAAUCAUAAAGUUAUCGUCGCCAUGUUGCUCGAAUAUUAUUCAAAUAAUGCGGAAAAAGAUACGGGUUGGAUGUUUACAGUGACAAAAGCACUCCCUUCGCUUAACAAUCGUAACUUUGAAUCAAAUGUGAAGGAAUUAUUUUAUAACCUUGCUUUGGAUCCAAAGAAGAAUAUGUAG